UUUAACACCUCAUUUGCUUUCCCUCUCUCUCUUCCUUCCAAAUACUUGUAAAUUUGUCUGCCUCCAGCUGAUUUUCUGGAAAAAAUUAUUCUUUUACUAUACUUCCUGUUGGCAAAAACUUGAAAUGAGGCGCAGAAAACCAUGAUGACUGUGUGGGGAAGUUUGCUUCCUAUAGAAUCGUGUUCCUUAGAUAUUUGAUAAUCAGUUUUGAUUCUUGAGAGGUGAAAUGGGGAUUGAUGCAUUUUGUUAUUGCUCUUGAUUUGCUUAGAUAAAGAGGUUGAUAUAUGGCAACUUCAAAUGAGAGGUGGAUCCACAGUCUGCAGUUUUCUUCGUUGUUCUCGCCGCCUCCACAAGAUGCAGAGAAACGCCAUGCUCAAGUUACUGGUUAUGUAGAGUUGUUCAGCCAGUUCAUCUCAGAACAAUUUCCCCAUGAUUUAGAGGAGCUGAUCCGAGGCCGGUAUCCAUCUAAUGAGAAUACACUAUUUGAUGAUGUUUUGGCAACCUUUGUUCUUCACCACCCAGAGCACGGCCGUGCUGUUAUCUUUCCCAUCGUUUCAUGCAUUAUCGAUGGUCAGCUUGAAUACGAUAGGAGAAAUCCUCCAUUUUCUUCUUUCAUCUCCCUUGUCUGCCCGGAGAGCAAGGUGUAUUCCGAGCAGCUGGUCAUCGCGUGUGGGGAGAUAUUACGAAUCUUGACUCAUUACAACCGGCCAAUUUACAGGAGAUCAUCGGUGUCUUCUUCGUGUCUGAGGCCGUUGUCACCUUGGAUCACUGAUACGUUGCUCCAAGCACCUCUUGCUAUUCGAAGUGAUUUCUUUCGCUGGUGUGGAGGUGUUGGGGGAACUUAUGCAGCUACAGAACUGAUCAAACCGCCUUCGACUGGGAAGCAUCCUGUGCUCGUGACAUCAAUGCCAAUGUGGGCUGUGGUCAACGGUGCUGCAGUUGUACUCAGCGUAUGUGAUGAGGAAGUUGCUCGUUACGCGUCUGCUACGUUGACAGAAGCUGCUGUCCAAGCAGUUUUGCUCCCUCCACCUAAGGAGGAGCAUCCCGUGGCCGGCCUACCACCUCUCGAGCCCUAUACACGCCUCUUUCAUCGAUACUAUGCAAAUUCAAGUCCAAGCAUGUGCCAGAGGCUGCUUCUCGGGCUGCUCGAGGCUCCACCAUCCUGGGCUCCUUAUGCACUCGAGGCUGCUGUGCAGCUAGUGGAACUCCUCAGAGCAGCAGACAGCUAUGCCUCAGGCAUGAAGCUUCCAAGAACUUGGAUGUGUCUGUAUUUCCUGCGUGCAAUCGGAAUUGCAAUGUCCGUGCAAGGUGGAACUGCAGCGGACGUUGCAGCUGCCUUGCUGUUUCGGAUACUUUCCCAACCGGCUCUACUCUUUCCUCCACCGAGACAAGGUGAUGAUGGCGUUGUGGUUCAAUCCGAUCAUCAAGAAAGUUCCAAACUAGCAGAAGCUACUGCACAAGAGAUUGCUUCGAUGCUCUGCGCCCUCGACCUUGAGGUGGAGCGGAGAAUAUGCAUGAUUUGGGAAGCUGCCUAUGGUUUGAUCCCAAUAACUUCCUCCUCCACGGAUCUCCCCGAAGUCGUGGUUGCAACGUCUCUGCAGCCGCCUAUACUAUCAUGGAACUUGUACAUUCCCCUUCUCAAAGUGCUCGAGCAUCUACCUUGUGGAAGUCCGUCCGAGAGCUGUCUGAUGAAGAUAUUUGUGGCUACUGUCGAAGCAAUUCUUUGUAGAAUAUUUCCGGUUGAGUCAUGUAAAGAAGAUAUUCAGAAAACAAGAAAUGCAUCCAAGAAUCAAGCUGUUGCUGAGCUUCGCACAAUAGUCCAUUCUCUGUUUUUGGGGCCGUGUGCUUCCGUUGAGCUCGCCUCCCGCCUUCUUUCUGUCGUGUUGACAGUCAGCACGAGCCAUGAGGCGCAGCUUGAUGGCAGCAAGCGAUGUGGAGCUGAGGAAGGCGACGUUUUAGAAGGAGGUAAAAGGAAUUUGGCAAGUAAACAGAAGCCUAUAGCAGCAGCAUUUGAUUCUUAUGUCAUUGCUGCUAUAUGUGCUCUUUCGUGUGAACUGCAUACACACUCUCUUAUCUCAAACCGGUUAGACAACGCCAGAGUGAAAUGUAGGUCAGUUGAUCGCACGAGGCGAAUGCUAGCAGUUCUGGAAGCACUCGUGUCGCCGGAGCUAUCUUCCAUUGGCACAUCAAAUGAAAUAGUGGCCAGUGUGAUGGUUGCAGCUCACGUUCACGAUCUACUCAGACGUUCCAAGGCUUUCACACGGGCUCUCUUGCUCAUGACGAAGCGCAAGUGGGACAAGGAGGUCCGUUCCCGGGCAUCUUCCCUCAUUAACCUAAUUGAUGCCCACUGUAAAACUGUUGCAUCCAUAGCUGACAAAGCAAGGCCGCUGGAGGCUCGGUUGCUGAAAAAACGCAAGACGUUGUUAUUUGAAGAUUGCGAGGCUUUGGAGGGGCGUAUACAGGUUGUUAGAUCUGUCCUGGUGGAGAAACAAGAGGUGUGUUUCUUGGUGGUUUCUUUGCUCUGGCACGCGUUGAUUGCGUCUCCUGAGAUCCAGCUGAGAGCUGAGAGCUCGUCCGCGCAUCAAGGGUGGAGGAAGGUGGUGGAUGCUCUCUCCAACGUAGUUUCAGCAUCGCCGGCAAAAGCUGCAAUGGCUGUAGUUGUUCAGGCAAGUAGUGAAUUGAAGCCUUGGAUUGGAGAAAAGGCGCGGCGAAUCAAUGAGAGAGUAGUGAAAGUGAUUGCUGAGUUGAUCAACAGCCAUGAGAAUUCAGAGUCAUUGAUGAUGGUGGCUCGUUCGCCGGAGCUCCUCCUCCGAGCGACUGACGGGAUCAUUGUCGAUGAAGCAUGCACUUUGCCUCAACUUGAGUUGCUGGAAGCAACAGCUAGAGCGAUUGAGGCCGUGGCGGGAUUGGGGGAGUGCGGAGUGGCAGUGGCGGAGGGCAUGGCGGACAUGUUGAAGUGCCGGCUUGCUGCAACUGCUCGUUGUGUUUCUCACCCGAGGGCUCAUGUCCGCGCUCUCAGCACUUCAGUGCUCCGCGCAGUUGUGCACGUUGCUUCGAGCUCAGCUGCCUUGAAAGAUGAUGUACAUGAGUGCUUGAAAUCGGAAGUGCGUGCCCGCCUCGCCGCGGGCUUGCCGGUAAACUUCAUCCAAGCCGCUGCAAAGGAAUUAGGCUGUUGCACUUGAAUUAUUCCAUUACCCUUUUCUCUUCUCAAAUGUGUAAACGUUAUUGUUAAAAAACGAAAAACCACGACGAAAGACAAGCUUCAAAUCAA